AUGGCUCGUCUAGGACCAUCAACUCCUCAGUGGACAUCAAGUUUAAAGUCCUUACCGUCUUUAAAAGAAGUCGACAUAGAAAAUUGGGCAAAACAAGGUCGGAUACCAAAAGCAGUUCACACGAAGGGCUAUGGAAGUUUUGUCGAAUCAUAUGUGCACGUUGUAGAAGUUCGUACGUUGAUAGAUGGAUGUUGUGUGAGAGCAAGAUGUUUCAAGUUAAUGAAGAAGCAUGAUCAACCACAUUCUGUGGGCCUAAAAUUAUCAACAAGCCAUCAUGAAGAAAGUGAAAGUACAGGGAGUCAAAAGUCAAGUAGUAGGCCUAAUGAUGUUGAUAUUAGAGAGUGUUUGUGUUCCUGUAAAGCUGGAAAGGGCGAUCGUAACCAUAUUUUAGGUUUGAUGUAUCUUAUACACCAUUACAGUAAAUAUGGUUUCAAAACUGUACCAACUGUAACAACAAAAACAUCACAGAAACAAACGUGGCAUAUCCCAGAAUAG